AUCUGUCGCCCAUGUUGGCUCGUUGAUGAGCGUCGGAACAACAUCAGUUGAUAUUGUCAGCAGCGUAAAGAGUCAGAAUUAAUGUAGAAAUCAAGUACUUAAUAGGCUGGGAAAUGAAACAUUUGUGGUCUCAAAAAAAAGAGGUGGUAUAAUGGCGAGUACAGACACAGCAGAGACAGAGGAUAUUGAUGCGGUUGAAGAUGAUGAUGAUGAUGAUGAUGGUGAUAUAUCAGGAAUUGGAGACCUGGAGGGGUUUGAGAUUGUGGAUGAGGUGGAGGGAGAUGAUGUACCUACGGAUCAGGACAAUGAAAAUAGGACUUCAGUGGAGAUUGCUGAUACCAUUGACGAGGAACUGUCUGCUGAAUCUGCUGUUCAAAAGUCACUUCCUGAGCCUCAUUUGUCUGAAACAAGUUCCAGUACAGGAACAGAAGGAAGUGGUGGAAGUGAUUCAGGUGGAAGCACAACAUCUGGAACUCUGCAAACAACAAUAGGAUCUACAGUUUCAACACCAGCAUCUCCAUCUGUAGGAAAGAAAACCCCUUCUGUAGCAAAGGCAACUCCAAAGGCUGUGAAGAAAACUCCUGUUGUGAAAAAAACAACAGUGGUAAUAAAGAAAAAAAAGGGGACUCAAGCAGCUAAGACCCCACAGGUUACAAAGACUACUGUAGUAACUGUAAAGAGCACAGUUGGUGGAAAGGCAACUCUAGUAGGUGUGAAGGCAACUCCAGUAGGUGUGAAGGUAACUCCAGUAGGUGUGAAGGUAACUCCAGUAGGUGUGAAGGCAACACCAAAAUGUGUGAAAUCCACUCCCACAGCUGCUGACGCCACCCCUACAUCUGCAGAGACACCACCUACGACUGCCAAGGCAACACCUGGAGCUGCAAAGACAACACCUGGAGCUGCAAAGACAACACCCACAUCUGUAAAAACAACACCCACAUCUGUAAAAACAACUCCCACAGCUGUAAAAACAACUCCUACAGCUACAAAAACAGCUACAGCUGCAAAGACAACACCUGCAGCAGUGAAGACAACACCCACAUCAGUAAAAUCCACUCCCACAGCUAUAAAAGCAGCCACAGCUGCAAAGACAGCUGCUACACCAGCACCUGCAAAGACAACACCCACAUCUGUAAAGACAACUCCCACAAUUACAAAAACAGCAACAGUUGCAAAGACGUCAGUAGCUGCAAAGACAACACCCACAGCUGUAAAGGUAAUUCCCAAAGCUGCAAGGACUACUGCCACCACAGCAAAGGCAACCCCUGCAGCUGGAAAGGCAACUGCCACAGCAGCAAAAACAACACCUAUAGCGACAAUGACAACACCUGCUGCUACAAAGACAGCACCUAAGGCUGCAAAGACAACGCCUGUAACUGCAAAAAAUUUAUCUGCAGCAGUUAAGACAACACCUGUAGCUGCAAAAAAUACACUUGUAGCUGUUAAGACAACACCUGCAAAAAAUACACAUGCUACAAUGACAACACCUACAGCCCCAAAGACAACACCUGCAGCUACUAAAACAACACCUGUAGCAACAGACACAAUGCCUGUAGUAGUUAUGAAGACGACACCUGUAACUGUUAAAGCGACACCUUCAAUUACCAAGGCAGCUGAAAAGAAACCCCCCAAAACUGCAGAAACAACACCUGAAACUGUGAUGACAACUUUGACAGCUAUAAAGUUAACACCAUUGUCUGUAAAGACAACACCUGUAUGUGUAAAGACAACACCUGCAGCUGUGGGGAAAACCGUGAAGUCUGCAGAAGCAACACCAGCAGCUGAAAAGAUGCCCUUUGGAGCAUCACAGGCAACCUCUGCAGCCACAAAGACAACACAAACACAAUCAGUGGGUACAAAGACAUCCAUCACAGCUACAAAAGCACACCCUGCAACUGCAAAGACAUUUCCCACAGCUGCAAAGAAAAUACCCAUAGUUGCAAGGAAAACUCCCAUAUCUGUAAAAAAAUCUCCCAUAGCUGCAAAGAAAACUCUGCUGAUGGCAAAAACAACCCCCAUGUCUCAUGUGGCAACCCCUCAGACAGUUAGCACAACACCAGAAGCUGUGAAAACGACCACUGCAACUUCCAAGGAACCCUUUAUUGAUGCUGACAUGACUCCUGCAGCUGUGGAAUCAAUGAGUGCAUAUACAACUCUUGUAACCACAAAACCAUCUCCUGUGCCUACAAAAGCAACUACUGUAGCUGCCAAGAUACCUCCUACAACAGCAAUUCCUGCAGCAACCAGUACAACAAGUGCAGGAGCAAACACAACAACAGCAAAGGCUAUCUCUUUAUCUGAUCCAAAACUUACAGAUUCAAAAAAUACUACUGCAAACCCAGCUCUUCCAAGUGAAGGCGUCAUCCCUGCUGAAGUUAACGCAAGUGCAGAGAUAAUGUCUGUGUCAGAUGAUACACUUAGUGGUUCAGUGAAGGUGGUGGAAACGUCUACUAAGGUAACACCCUCAGUGACUAAAUCAACCAACCUGGGGCCCUCAAAUGCCUCAAAGGCCAUGUCUGCUGCAAUGAGUACUGUUACAAAGAGGGUCACUGUAGCACUCACAAGACUGCAGACUCCUGCAGUGAUAAAGGCAAAUCUAGCUGUCAAAGGAACAAAUUUGCCAACACAAAAGCACACACCCUUGGCUGCAAAACCAGCUCAGGCCAGCACAGCACAUGUAACUGCUACACCUUCAUCUAACACAUGUGCAACCAGGAUGGAUAAUCUUUCCCAAAACAUUGAGUCUGUUGAUUCCUCUAAGAUGCCAUUGCAAACUCCUGUGUCAGAAGAGUCAAGUUCUGAUGAAGUUGUAACAAAGACACCUGCAUCAGAUAAAUCUGUGCCAAAAUGUGUGCUGGUAAAGAAAGUUCUAAAACCAGGCACCAACACCCUUUCUGUAAAAUCUCAAUCCACUGGUGACUUGAGUGCUAAAGCAGAGAGCACUGUUGUGCAGAAGACCGUUUCCACUCAGUCUGUACCAGCAGCUGUGUCUAAUUCUUCCCCUGUGGAAAAAUCUAAGGCUGUUAAGAAAUCUUUUGUGAAACCAACAACGGUGCCUGUGAAGGUGAUGAAAGGCACUGGGCAGUCACAGCCAAGUUCUGUUAAGGUGGUUCCUGUUGCUCGGAAGCAAACGUCCCCGAGACCAACUGCUAAGACCCCAGUUGGCAAGUCAGUUGGUGGGAUGCCCCUCCAGGAAACAACUGUGAAGACCAGCCCAGUCAUGAAGAGUCCUGGCUCAAAGACAAUAGUGACCAAGAGGACAGUUCAGCAUCAGUCUAGAGAAACCAUGACAGAGACUGGGCAGGGCCAACCUGUUGGUACACAGACCCCAGAGCACAUGCUACAGAUUACAGCAUCUGAAAUGGAAGGUGAAACCUCUGCAGCUCGCUGGGUAGCAGAAAGGGUUGCAGGAAAGCAAGAACGACAGUUGAUCAAUCGGUUGAAGACGGUGAUGUUACAUCCUGUUCAGGUAGAGGAUCUGUCUGAUCCUGCCCUUCAGCCAUUCAUCCUCAAUUGUCACUGCCUCAGUGCACGCUUCCUCAGUUCCCAGAAGGGAGUCCAGAAGAAAGGGCACCUGGAGAUUCGUUAUUUCACAGAGGCAGAUGCCAUUAAAUAUGUGGAGGACAUGAAGGGGCUGAAGUUGGCCAGUGGCAAAUAUCUCACUGCUAAAAUUCUGGGACAGUGUGGACCCUGGGAUGGUACACUUGAUGACUGGCAGAGAAAAAAUAUAGCACAACAAGAAGGACUAGCAGAGGCCCGGUGCGUGUUUGUACACAACCUUCCUACAGACACCCAAGAGGAUAUGCUGAAACUGCUCUACCCUGAGGUUGUCAAUAUCUCCCUGCACCUUCCUAAAGAGGAGGACAAGAAGUCUACGGGGCAUGCUGUACUGGAAUUUCUCACACCUGAAGAUGCAGAAGAAGUAACUAAUAACAGUAAGAAGUACGAAACUAAGAUUGCUGGAAAUACAGUCACUCUGACCCUCAUCUUGAAGAGAAGUCUCAAGCCUGAAGCUGCUGAGAGCUCGUCAGAGAAGAGUCCAGUGAAGAAAGCUGGGAAUAAACAUACAGUAGAUGCAAGAGAAGAUUCCUCAUACGUGUCACCAAAGAAAAAGGCCAAGUCUGAAACAGACAAAGAUGAGAUACGCUACAAGGGUGGAGACAUUCGACAGUUUUUAUUGCACUGGUGUUAUGCACGUGACGUGGUACCCCAAUACUCAUUCAAGUCAUGGGGCCCUUCCCAUAGGCUGCGGUUUAGAUGUGAGGCCAAGGUGGCAAAGGUUGACUUUGUGGCCAGAGGCACAGGCACAUCUAAGAAAAAUGCCCAGUACAAGUGUGCAUAUGACUUUGUGAAAUAUCUAGUUCGAGAAGGAAAGCUUAAAGAGUCCAGCAUCAAGAGGUGUGAAGAGGAACUUGUCAACCUUGGGCUGAUUCCUGCUCCUUCUUUAGCCAGGGCCAAAGACAAACAACAUCGUGAGGACAACUCCCACAAGCAGACCGCUGGUCUCUCCAAGACACCAGAGAAAGGUGACAAGAAGGAGGAGAAAGGUCGUAUAAGGAGUAGUUCACUGGAAAAAAGAAGAUCCAAGGAACCAGACAGACAAUCCAGAGAACCCAAAAGACAGCAUAAUACUGCUGAGAGAGCCAGCCAGCACACCCUGCGAACCACAAGUAGCCUCAGUCCACCUAGAAUGUGCAAGGAAAGCACUGGGGAGGAAGAUCUGAACAUACAAGCUCUGAAAAGUGAGAUAACGAAACAGCUGGCAGAGUUGCAAGAGGGACGUGUUUCUGAUCCUGACAAGUUGACAGAACUGGCAGAGAAGCUGCAAUCUGUGAGUGAAGCCAAGCAGAAGGGACAGCAUGAGCCAGCAGAGGGGCGAGAUCAGUACUCAGUUCCAGUGGGGCUUAAAGAAGACCACAGCAAAGACACUGGCAACCACAGAGCAGAAAGGAAAGUCCAUGCCUUCGUCCAAAAGCAGGAUAAAACUGAUCAGAGGAGAGAUGGAGUGGAACACAGGAGAGAUACACCAGACCAGAGGAGAGAUACACCAGACCAUAGGAAAGAUACACCAGACCAGAGGAGAGAUACACCAGACCGGAGGAAAGAUACACCAGACCAUAGAAGAGAUCUACUUGAACACAGGAAAGAUACACCAGACAACAGAAAAGAUAUACCAGACAACAAAAGAGAUGCCUUAGAUCGGAAGAGAAAUAUUCCAGACCACAGAAGAGUUACACCAGAAAAAAAGAGAGAUACCGUAGACCAUAGGAGGGAUACACCAGGUCACAGGAGAGAUGCGUCAGACCAUAGCAUGCCAGCAUCAGACAGGAGGAGACAUACACCAGAGAGAAACAGAGCUUCAUCUGAUAUAAGUAGACAGGUGCUUGGGAGAAAGGCUGCCACACCUGAAAAGAAAAAUGGGCUUAGCAGGAAAGGGGACAUGCGAGGAAAAAAUUGGGAUUUUGACAGAAAUAAAAAAGUUUCAGUUACAGACAUAUCUGGAAGAAAGAGAAACACACCAAGCCAUGAAAACAACUCCCCAGACAGAAAGGGAGAUGAGUACUAUGAUCCUUUUGCCAUGACAAGCAUAAAGAAAGCGCGUGUUGAAUCUCCAACCAGAGAAUCCAGAGAAAUGUCACAUCUCCUGCAUUUGGCUGAUAUGGUGAGGCAAAAUUUUGGUACAGAGCUGGCACAAAACACUGUUCCUCAAGGGAUGGCAGCUAUGAAUAAACAAGAUUUCAACAGAGAUACAGCCAAAAGCUCUUUUCCUGCACAGGUGACAAGUAGAGACCAGAAAGAUUUCAACAGAGAUACAGUCAAAAGCUCUUUUCCUGCAAAGGUGACAAGUAGGGACCAGGAAGAUUUUAACAGGAGUAUGGCACAAACCAGUUUUCCACAGCAGGUGUCCAUUUUAGGGCAGCAGGAUUUCAAUCAAGGUGUGCCUCAAAAUACCUUUUCACAGCAGAUGGCAAAUAUUUACCAGAAAGAGUUCAGUACAAAUGUGGCUCAAGGUACCUGUGCUGAACAGAUAAUGGGUAUGGGCAAGCCAGAAUUUAGCAGAAAUCUGGCUCAAGACACCAUCCCUCAACAGAUGAACCAACAGAGUCUUAGUGGGACUGUACCUCAAAGCAGCUUUUCUAAACAAUUGCUUAGUAUAGGCCAGGAAAAACUUGACAGGGGGUUGGGUCAGAGCACUUUACCCCAACAGAUAACAAGUUUGGGCCAGGAAAUGUUCAACAGGGACAGUAAAAGAACCAUUCCUGUGCAGAUAACAAGUAUGGGCCAGCAACAUUUCAGCAGAGACUCCCGUCAAAGCAAUUUCCCUCAACAGAUGACAGGGUUGGGCCAGCAAAAUCUCAAACGGGAUGUGACUGAUGGCAACUUUUCUCGGCAUAUAUCAACUAUAAGCCAGCAAACUGUCAGCAGAGAAAUGCUUCCAAGCACCUUUCCACAACAGACAAGAACUGCAGAUCAGAACACUAUUUCCCAAAGGACGGAACCUUCAAGGCAGCAACGUUUUGUGGGACAUUCUUCUGAAAGGAGUAUUGGUGAUAUGAUUAGAAGUGUGAGAGAGCAAGAAUACACUCGGCAUCACACUCAUAGUGUUCAGCAAAUUGAAGUCCAGCAGGAUUUUAUGAGAAACUCAUCCCAAAGCACUGCUUCUCAGCAUAUCUCCGACAUGAGACAACUAAGUUGUCCCAGCACUGGAGUGCCCGUUGCUUGUCGUGGGCUCUACAGUGUCAGGAGUCCGCCUCACACAGCUGUUCAGAGCUACUUGGUUUCUGAGGCGAUGCAAAGUCCCUGGCCCCAGAGUCAGAGUGAGGUGUCUCCCUGUCUGACUCCUGAUCCAGAAUUGUUGAAGGCCCAGCUGAUAAAUCGUCUUCGUCAGUUUCAAGAUGGUCAGCUGACAGAUGACUCCAACAUUCUGACUCAGCUGGCUCAGCAGCUGCUGAAUGUACAGAGACAGGAAGAGCUGGAGAAGACUGAUUACACAUCACAACAGAUUGAUGUGUCCAGGGCAGGGAUCAAUCAGACACCAAGCAGCAUGGCAGACGUAAAGAUGACUACAGCUUGUGCAUCUGCCCACACAGAGCAGCCCUUGGGAUCAAAAGUGGACCAUUCAGUCAUUAGAGAAAAACUUCUGUUGAGGUUACAGACUGCUGGUAUAACCUCUGGCACAAUCAACAGCCUAGUGAAAGGGCUGAAAACAGUACAAGAAGAAGAAAAGAAGUCUACACAGUCAAUUGAUAGCCAUUCCAUGUGUGCUGUAGAUAAAUCAGAUUAUACCCAUGCCAAAGAGACAGAAAGUAAAUCUAGCAAGAUUUCCAGGAAUGUGAAGGCCAUCAGGUUUGAUAUUGCUAAAAUGAAGGUUCAGGAACAGAUGAAAGAAAAAAUCCAGCAGAUCAAACAGAAUCAGAUGGCUUUAAAAAUGAGCAGGAAGAGGGCGUUGGCAACGCAUCCUUUUACUUUUGUACCUGACCAGACAGCUAUAAAUGUGCCCCGGGGUAUCCUAAAGAAAACACAGUCCCAGCCAGAAGCAUCUAUGAGCGAGGCUGGGUGGACACCCCAGAGCACCAGCUACACUCAAACACAGACCCUGGAGUCCAGUUUACAGACCCUAACCCAACAACGCAGCAGAAACAUGGACCAACAAGAGAGCAGUAUUGUACCAGAAUUUAAGGUGCCGCUUUCUGCAAUGCAGAGAGGGAGAACGAGGAGCGAGCCUGGUAGAAAUUUUACUGGCCCAAUUGUAACAUCUAGGAUUGUGGGAGAACAACCAGGAAGUCGGCAAGCAGGCACACAAAUGCCAUUGAACUAUGGUCACAAGAGGAGGAGUACAAACUCUGGGAGAAAUUCCUUCUUCUCUUCUAGUUUAGUGGACUACCCAGAGUCACCAUGACCUCCAUCUACAUGUGAAAAACAGUGUUUUGUUGACCCCCCAAGUCCAGGUUGAUAUGACCAAUCAUAACAGUGUACAUUUUGGUGUGACAGCUGACCUGAUAGGUUGUCUUACAUCUGCAUUACCCUGUUGAGAUGGACUGACAGAACUGCAGCCCCCCAACCCCCCAACCCAUUGUAGGCAGCUGGAUGGGAUUCCCAUGAAUCAGGAUUCCACACAAACUGGGUUUACUACUUGCAGAUAAUUAUACAUGUACCUUGAUCUGCUUGUGACCCUGAGAGUCGUUUGGCUUAUCUGGAGGAAUUGUAUUGUCUCAGACAUUAUUGACCUAGGUUUCUCCUGAGGGCAGCUGCCAUGCGUUCCUCAGAGAACAUGGUGGUUUUGAUACAGUGAGUACAGAUGGCCUGGGUCACCAUGAAACCUGUUAAUGGUUGUUGACAUCAAGAUAACACACACUUGUCCAAAGCUCACAGGAAAUGCGUUUCGUGGCAACUGACCUUCUUCGGAGCCCAAAUGGAUUUGAUGAUGUGGCUAAAUGCCAAGGGACUUAUUAACGCACUGAGAAUGCACCAGGAACUUGGUCAUGUGACUACAUGAUUUAUUUCAUGAUGAUCCCGUUUGUUUCACAUGCAGUGAUAUGGUCAUCUCAGAAACACUUUUCCUGGAGAGAUUAUAAUUUUUGUAUUAUUAACAGAUAAUACAGAUAUUACAGUGUACAAGAAAUCUGUGGUGUGAUAAUUUCAAUGUACAUCAGUGGUGAAAAUGCCCAAUUAUCUGUCAUUAAAU